UUUGACUGUGGAUAUUUUACUGUUAGGAUUUCAAGUGGGGCGAAGAGACCCUGAGCUCUAAUUUUUGACUUUUUUUAAUUAGAUACAACAUUUGUAAAAAAAAAAAAGUGAGAGAAAUCGAAGAUAUGUGGCAUAUAGAAGCCAAGCUGCAACAAGAGCUUAAAGAAGCAGGGAAGCAGCUAUUUUAUCCUGCACAUAUUGACGAGUCCAUUGAUGAACUCCUUUUACUUCUUGAUCAAAUACAGAAACUGCUAUCGGAAGUUGACGAGUCACCGGGAGAAUCAAUGCUAGAAGCACUCGAACCAUCAAGGAAGGGGCUGAUUCAAUCGAGUCUUUUGAAGCAUUCGGAUAUUGAUGUGAAGGUUUCUGUUGCUGCAUGCCUCAGUGAAAUCACGAGGAUUACGGCUCCUGGUGUUCCCUAUAGUGAUGACCAAAUGAGGGAUAUCUUUCAGGUAAUCGUUUCCUCUUUCCAGGAUCCAAACUAGCUACUCUUAUAUGAAGAGAGCGUC